GUUGAGCAACCCGUGGUGGGCGGAGCCACAGGCCCCGCCUCCCACCUUCUAGCAACGUGAUUGGCCACCUAGGCCGGGCCGCUGCGGAAGGGCAGCGAGCAUGGCCUCUCCCGGGGCUCCGGCGAUUCCCCAGCGGAACCUGGAGUACUGCGAGGUCCAAUACUGGGACCAGCGCUACAAAGGCUCGGCCGACCUGAGCCCCUACGAGUGGUUCGGGGACUUCUCGUCCUUCCGGGCCCUCCUAGAGCCGGAGCUGUUGCCCGAAGACCGUAUCCUCGUGCUAGGUUGCGGAAACAGUGCCCUGAGCUAUGAGCUGUUCCUUGGAGGCUUCCCCAAUGUGACCAGCGUGGAUUACUCGCCAGUAGUGAUAGCUGCCAUGCAAGCUCGCUAUUCCGAUGUACCGAGUCUGUGCUGGGAGACCAUGGAUGUGCGGACACUGGGCUUCCCCAGUGGCUCCUUUGAUGUGGUGCUCGAGAAGGGUACACUGGAUGCCCUGCUGGCUGGGGAGCGGGAUCCCUGGAAUGUAUCUUCUGAAGGCAUCCGUACUGUAGACCAAGUGCUGAACGAGAUGAUGGAGUACAAACGGGCCAAGCUUCGCGAUGAAGAGGCACCUGAGACCCCCGCAGAGGGUGAAGCUUCUCUGGCUGUGGAGGUGGGAUUCCGGAAGAGUGAAAGGCAACUCUUUGGCUCACACACACAGCUGGAGCUGGUCCUGGCAGGUGUCUCUAUAGUGCUGGCUGUACUGCUUUUGGGCUGUUUUGUGGCCCUGGGGAUACAGUACCAUAGAGACCCAUCGCGUAGCACCUGCCUCACCGAGGCCUGCAUUCAAGUGGCUGGGAAAAUCCUGGAGUCCCUGGAUCGUGGGGUGAGCCCCUGUCAAGACUUUUACCAAUUCUCCUGUGGGGGCUGGAUCCGGAGGAACCCUCUGCCCGAUGGGCAUUCUCGCUGGAACACUUUCAACAGCCUCUGGGACCAGAACCAGGCCAUCCUGAAGCUCCUGCUUGAGAAUACCACUUUCAACUCCAGCAGUGAAGCUGAGCAGAAGACACAGCGUUUCUACCUGUCCUGCCUGCAGGUGGAGCGCAUUGAGGCCCUGGGCGCCCAGCCACUGCGGGACCUCAUUGACAAGAUCGGUGGUUGGAACAUUACGGGGCCCUGGGAUGAGAACAACUUCAUGGAAGUGCUAAAGGCAGUCGCAGGGACCUAUAGAGCCACUCCCUUCUUCACCGUCUAUGUCAGUGCUGAUUCCAAGAGUUCCAACAGCAAUGUCAUCCAGGUGGACCAGUCUGGGCUGUUCCUGCCCUCACGGGAUUACUACCUAAAUAGAACUGCCAAUGAGAAAGUGCUCACCGCCUACCUGGACUACAUGGAGGAGCUGGGAAUGCUGCUGGGUGGACGGCCAGCCUCCACCCGGGAGCAGAUGCAGCAGGUACUGGAGCUGGAGAUCCAACUGGCCAACAUCACAGUGCCCCAGGACCAGCGGCGUGAUGAGGAGAAGAUCUACCACAAGAUGAGCAUCUCGGAGCUGCAGACUCUGGCUCCCUCCAUGGACUGGCUUGAGUUCCUUUCUUUCUUGCUGUCACCGCUGGAGUUGAGUGACUCUGAACCUGUGGUGGUGUAUGGGACGGACUAUCUGCAGCAAGUGUCAGAACUCAUCAACCGCACGGAACCAAGCAUCCUGAACAAUUACCUGAUUUGGAACCUGGUACAGAAGACAACCUCAAGCCUGGACCAGCGCUUUGAGUCGGCCCAGGAGAAGCUGCUAGAGACCCUUUAUGGUACCAAAAAGUCCUGCACACCAAGGUGGCAGACCUGCAUCUCCAAUACAGACGACGCCCUUGGCUUUGCUUUAGGCUCCCUCUUUGUGAAGGCUACAUUUGACCGACAAAGCAAGGAAAUUGCAGAGGGGAUGAUCAGCGAGAUCCGGUCUGCUUUUGAGGAGGCCCUGGGAGACCUGGUUUGGAUGGAUGAAAAGACCCGACAGGCGGCCAAGGAGAAAGCAGACACCAUCUAUGAUAUGAUUGGUUUCCCAGACUUCAUCCUGGAGCCCAAAGAGCUAGAUGCUGUUUACGAUGGGUAUGAAGUCUCCGAAGAUUCUUUCUUCCAAAAUAUGUUGAAUCUGUAUAACUUCUCUGCUAAGGUGAUGGCUGACCAGCUCCGUAAGCCUCCCAGCCGAGACCAAUGGAGCAUGACCCCCCAGACGGUGAACGCGUACUAUCUUCCGACCAAAAAUGAAAUUGUCUUCCCCGCCGGCAUCCUGCAGGCCCCCUUCUAUGCCCGCAACCACCCCAAGGCCCUGAACUUUGGUGGCAUUGGUGUGGUGAUGGGCCAUGAGUUGACACAUGCCUUUGAUGACCAAGGACGUGAGUAUGACAAGGAAGGGAACCUGCGACCGUGGUGGCAGAAUGAAUCCCUGGCAGCCUUCCGGAACCAUACAGCCUGCAUGGAAGAACAGUACAACCAGUACCAGGUCAACGGGGAGAGGCUCAACGGCCGCCAGACGCUGGGGGAGAACAUCGCUGACAACGGGGGGCUGAAGGCAGCCUACAAUGCUUAUAAAAUGUGGCUGAGGAAGCACGGGGAGGAGCAGCAGCUGCCUGCUGUGGGCCUUACCAACCACCAGCUCUUCUUCGUGGGAUUUGCCCAGGUGUGGUGCUCGGUCCGCACACCAGAGAGCUCUCACGAGGGGCUGGUGACCGACCCCCACAGCCCUGCCCGCUUCCGCGUGCUGGGCACUCUCUCCAACUCCCGCGACUUCCUGCACCACUUCGGCUGCCCUGUCGGCUCACCCAUGAACCCAGGGCAGCAAUGUGAGGUGUGGUAGACCUGGGUCAGGAAAGAAGUGACUGGGCCUGGGGCUCCCAAGAUAGGAGAAAGCAGAGGUGAACUGAGCCGGGCCCAGUCUCUCCACACCACAGAUGACAUGAGUCUAGCCCCUUCUCUACCACCACAUAGUGCCUCUGCUUUUGGGGUGCCCCUACCUCCAGCAGAGCCCCACCAUUCACUGUGACAUCCUUCCAUAUUUCACCUUGCCUGGAGGAAGUCUAAGUGGGGGUGCUAUUCCAUAGGAAGGAGUCUGCCUCUUUUGUCUCCAAACUCACUGAGUUUAGGGGCCACGGGGACAGGAAUGGGGCUGUGCCUCCCUGUCUCUCCCCAGGCUAACUCAUCUCCCUUCAGGGCCACCCUCAGGGGUGCCUCUCACCCAUACUCCUUGUGCUGCUGCUCCUAGUUCUGCUACCAACCCUUUCAUGGACAGAGCAACUGAACUCCAAGUGUAAGGCCAAGGGCUUGAAAAGCCUUCCUGCUGCCUUGUCUGUCUGGGGUGGGGGUGCUGGUUCCUAUGUCUCAGGACACAGCUCUUAGGGGGGUGACUGAUUCUCUCUGGACCAAAUAGGAAAGCAAAUACAGCAGGGAGAGGGAAAGACAGUUUAUUUUUACAGGGAAGAGGAUGGGGAGGGUGUGAUCUUGACCCUAUAGGACUUUUUGCCAAUAAAUAGACCCACAUCAGUCA